UGUUGAAUCUUUACUUGCGAACGAAAGCACAUAACCAAUUAUUUCAAAUCAAAACAACGAAAAAAGCACCAAAAAACCGAAAAAAAAAAAAAAAACGACGCAAAACAGCUUAUUCACCGGUCAACUUUGUUAAUCAAGCCUACCAAUCAAUCAAUGUCCCGGUCCGUUAAAGCAGCCGUGAUCGGAGCCGGCGUAGCCGGCCUCUGCGCCGCCCGUGAGCUUCGUCGUGAAGGUCACCGAGUCGUCAUUUUUGAAAAAGCCGAUAGAAUAGGUGGCAUGUGGAUCUACGACCCGAGAGUGGAAUCCGAUCCACUUGGAAUCGACCCGAACCGUGAGACCGUCCACAGCAGCCUCUACCGCUCUCUACGGACUAACCUCCCCAGACAGCUUAUGAGCUUCUUGGACUAUCCGUUUGCGAAGCGCGAAAACGGUGACCAGAGAGCUUUUCCGUAUCACGAGGAAGUGCUCUGGUUUCUGAACAAGUUCGCCGACGAUUUCGGACUCGUUGAGUUGGUCAGGUUCAACUCGGAGGUCGUCCGAGUUGAGCGAGUUGAAGAGAAGGAGGACGAGUGGUCGGUGGAGUGGAGGACGAGUGGAAGCGACUCAGUGAGUCAAGAAGUGUUCGAAGCGGUUAUCGUGUGCACCGGACAUCAAAGCGAGCCGGAGCUGACUUCGGUUGUCGGUGAGAGAAGCAUAGAAAAGUGGCCGGGCUAUCAAAUUCACAGCCACAACUACCGGGUUCCUGAACCAUUCAAAGACCAGACUGUAGUUAUAAUUGGGUAUGGGCCAAGUGGUUAUGAAAUCUCAAGAGAUAUUGCUACUGAAGCCAAACAGGUUCAUAUAGCCACAAAGAUCCCAAAUGUGCAAGUCCAACGGUUGGAAAGCCACAACAACAUAUGGCUGCAUAUGAUGAUAAAACAUGUUUGUGAAGAUGGCAAAGUUGUGUUUCAAGAUGGAUCAUUUGUUUAUGCCGAUACCAUUCUCUAUUGUACUGGGUAUAAAUACCAUUGUCCAUUUCUUGAGACCAAUGGAAUUGUAACUGUUGAAGAAAAUCGUGUUGGGCCGUUGUUUAAGCAUGUCUUUCCUCCGCGCUUAGCCCCAUGGCUGUCUUUCAUUGGAAUACCUUAUCAGGAUACUGCCUUCCCAGUAAUGGAUUUACAAUCCAAGUGGGUAGCACAAGUGUUAUCUGGUAAAGUGCUGCUCCCCAGUGAGGAGGAGAUGACGGUCUCAACCGAAGAACUAUACAGGCAAAUGGAGGAAAAAGGGUUGCGAAAGCGCUACACCCAUGCUAUUUAUCCAAAUGGGAUUGAAUACUUCAAUUGGAUACUUGGUCAGAUUGGAUUGCCACCAGAGGAUUGGAGAGGAAAACUGUUUUUAGAGAUUAUCGAGAAUGCAAUAGCCAUGAAUUAUGGAUACAGAGAUGAAUGGGAUGAAGCUUACUGGGAGUCAGUAAUAAAGGAAUCAUCACAACCGCUGGUGAAUGAAGAUGAAGCUAAAGCAUUUGUGCUUAAUUAAUGGACAAAAAGCAAAAUAGCCCUCAUCAAUAAAGAUAUGAUGCUAUGCAAACUCAAUGAGCUGUUGAGCCUUUGCUAGCUGAUAAGAAAGUGGUAAAUCGUCACUUUUAAACAUUCUUGAAUGUCAGAAUUUCCUUUGCUCAUUAUGUUCCAUAAGGGCUUUAUAUAUUCAAAGAUGCAGUUCCUGUUUUUCUUCCUUCUA